GCACAGCCAUGACUGCUUUGACUGUUGGCGUGACAAGAUCUUCCAGAAGCGCCGGCUAGCCGGAUCGCCAUUGUUCGUAAUCCGGCUCUCUCUGUGCAGAGAUUCCCGCGGGACCGCCGGAUGAUCCUCUGAAGCUGUGUAGCGUUUUAUCGCGACUAAUUGCGCGAGCGACGAGCGGCGAGCGACGAGCGACGAGCGAGAAGCAACGAUCGACUAGCGACGAGCGAGAAGCGACGAUCGAUGAGCGACGAGCGGCGAGAGGUGAUGUCGUUAGGGUUCGCGCACGACAGCGCGGCGGAGGUGCGGCUGGAUGCCGCCUUGCAGCGACUCCGUGCGCUCGACUCGAGCGUCCGACCCUCCUCCAUCGUCGCCGUCGGAGACACGUUGCCCAUUGGUGCCGAUGCCUCCUUUCUCAGGGGCCAUGGCACGAGGGACGGGGAGGAGGGGCAGGUGUGCGCGACGGUGUGCGGCGUGGUGAAGCGCAUCAACCGCCUGCUCUCCGUUCAACCGCUAAAGACAUGGUACGUGGCGCAGACAGGAGAUGUGGUCGUGGGGCGGGUGACAGAGCUGGCUCCCAAGCGGUGGAAGCUGGAUGUGGGGUCGGCGCACGAGGCGCAGCUCAUGCUGUCUGCCAUCAACCUGCCAGGGGGGGCGCAGAGGCGGCGCACAGCAGUGGAUGAGUUGAACAUGAGGAACAUCUAUGUUGAGGGGGAUCUGGUCACGGCGGAGGUCCAGAGUGUCUUCCACGAUGGGUCAGUGGUGCUGCACACUCGCAGCGAUAAGUACGGCAAGUUGUCAGGAGGUCUUCUCGUCCGCGUCCCGCCGUACCUCGUUCGCCGCCUCAAGCAGCACUUCCACAUGCUCUCGCCCUCCGGCCCGCUCAUUGUCUUCGGCUGCAACGGCUGGCUCUGGGUGGGCCAACCGCCUCCCUCCGCCCCCUCAACUCCCUCUUCUGGGACCACCACCACCACCACCACCACCACCACGAAGCCUGCGACCUCAGGGUCGACCCCUGGUUCGACCCCUGGGCAAGAAGGGAGUGGAAAAGGCGUGUCGGAGACUAUUGUGGGUGUGGAGGAACGGGAAAGGAUAUGCCGAGUGGCGGCGGCGAUAAAGGCGCUGGAGAGAGGAGGCCUGGCAGUGGACCCUCCAGCUCUGGCGAGAGUGGUGGAGUGGAGUGUUGGUAUGGGUGUGUCUGUGGCGGAGAUGGGCGAUGAGGAUUUUAUUGCGACUGUGGUUGAAAAGGAGGUGGAAAAGAGAGAAUCGGAUGCAGCUGAAGGGAGCUGAAAUUGUUUGUGUGGUCUAUUCAUUGUACUUAAUGGUUUAUAAUUGAAACGCUACUUAGGUAUACAUACGUUAUCAUUUUCUGGUUUCCCUUGUUCGGGAUCCAUAACGAGU